UCAAACAUAUCCAACACUCACCAUGUUGGUUCAGACGGAAAGGAGGACGAAAAGGACUGUGGGAAAUAUAAUACCGAGAUGACAUCAUCUGUUCGCGACAGAACAAAAGAUUGAGGCUCGUGUUUAUUUGGAGAGAAAUUAAAAGAAUGUUUGCAGCUCACUGAGUCAAGUGUGACUGAAGAGCGCUGAGAUGGCCACACAGAGAGUCCUCCCGCAAAGCAAAGAAACUCUUCUGCAGAACUACAACAAGAGACUUAAAGAUGACAUCAGGUCAAUUCUAGACAAUUUUACGGAAAUAAUCAAAACAGCAAAGGUGGAAGAAGAGACUCAGGUUUCCAGAGCGACACAAGCUGAGCAGGACCACUAUGAAAUGCAUGUGCGAGCCGCCAACAUUGUACGUGCAGGAGAGUCUCUCAUGAAGCUGGUCUCAGACCUGAAGCAGUUCCUCAUCCUGAAUGACUUCCCCUCUGUCAAUGAGGCCAUCAGUCUCCGCAACCAGCAGCUGCGUACGCUGCAGGAAGAGUGCGACAAGAAGCUCAUCUCCCUGCGUGAUGAGAUUGCCAUUGACCUGUAUGAGCUCGAGGAAGAGUAUUACUCCUCCAGGUACAAAUAGACCAGUGUUCCCAAAUGUGUGCAGUCACCUCUGCCUUCCCUUGCUUACCAGUGCCAUACAUUUGAUAUGUACAUCCUAAGAACAUAAAACGGGGUGAUUCGUGGAGCAAAAGGUAUUUUUAACUUGCACAACUGAUUAUUGGCUCCAACGGUUUUCAUUUUUCUUAAAAUAUCAUGUGCUAACCAUUGUGUUUUUCUAUUUGUUUAAUUAUGCCAUCCCAGUUUUUGUCCUCCAUACACAUAAUCAUAUCAUACCAUUGUGCCUUAAUAAGAGUGUUCAUUCUCGCAGGUAAGACUAAAUAAUGAAAGAGUACAUUCUCUUUUGAACCAGCUCAGUCAUGUAGUAAGACUCAAUUACUAAUUAGAUACUGUAGGGUUUUAUUCCACUUGUCAUAUUCAUAUCAAGCCAGAUAUCAUAUCUUUUACUGCUAUGCUUCUAAUAUGGCAAAUUUAUAGGAAAAUUCAUAUAUCCAUAGUGUCAUAUCCAUCCAUAUUGUAGACAUGCCAAAGACAAUAUCAAGCACUUUCAGUAUAACUGGUUUUGCACAAGAAAACCCAUCUGUUAUACAGUCUGAAAUGCAUGUAAAUACCCCCCACCCCCACCCCAGGUGCCUCAAACGAUAAUGUUUUAGAAGAUUUUCGGGUAUUUAGUAUUAUUAGUGGUGCUGUCUGGAGUAUAUUUUUAUAGAGAUUAGUAUAGGAUAAAUCUGGAUCUUAAGGGCUAUUCAAAGAUUUUAAAUUCAAAUUUAAGCUGUCUUUGAAGCACACCAGUGGAAAGGUUAAUAGUUAUAUGAGAAGAGACAUUUUGGAAUUAUGGAAAUAAAUGUAUACAUUUUUAAUUUUUUUUAAGAAAAAUGUACAUGUGAAUUUAAAUAUGAAAUUGGAUUGGGCACAUUGAUUUUGGAUGCCUAUAAUCAACGAUGAGCUGCAAAAUUCAAAGCACUUAAGAAUUUGUAAAAAGUAAUAUAUGGUGCUGUACAUAUAGUAAAAAUUACUUAAAAAAUCUUUAAUUAGCUUAAUGGAAGAAAUUUGUUAAGAUGAAACUCUGUUAUUGUCGUUGAGAUUUUCACUGUAUGUUCAUAAAUGCAGUGAUUUAUUUUUUUUUCUCUGUUAUACUAAUUGAAGUUUGUGAAAACUUUCAGAGGCAUACAUGUCACGUUCAAAAUGCAAUAUUUAUCAUUUAUGGAGUUUCUGAUUUCCUCAGUGGUUCGAAAUUGCACUACACUUUGUUUCUUUGUGGUGACAUAUUUAGAAGACACAGUGUUGGUCACAUUAGUACCUGUUCAAAAUGUGUAAGGAUAUUUGUCAGCUUUUUCACAAACCAACUGGUCAUUUCAAAUUUCAUAAAUAAACCAGAGAGAAAUUAGAGCA